UCGACUAAAAAAAUUAUGGGAUUCAUUGAUACCGUGUUUCAAUGGACCCUUGAAGACAUCUUCAAUGAUGAUCUUUAUAAGGGUCAGAUGGAGAAGAUUCCAGCUUCGUUUCAGUCGGUGGAACAAUAUUUUGGGGCCUAUCUUUUGCCUUUAUUUGAAGAGACACGAGCUGAUAUGUGUUCGUCUAUGGAAAUUAUAGAUAGAGCACCAUAUGCUGAAGUGACUUAUCUUAAUGAGGCGAAAUCGCAUGGGGCAUCUUUGUUUGAUGUGAAUGUUGAUUACAGGAGGAACAGGUUCAGUGAUCAUGAGAAGGAUCCGUAUAAAACAUUUGAUGUGAAUGUUGAUUACUGGAGAAACAGGUUCAGUGAUCAUGAGAAGGAGCCGUAUAAAACGUUGCCGGGAGAUAUUUUAAUCAUAUCUGAUGUGAAACCUGAAACUGCUUCUGAUUUACAAAGGGUUGGAAAAACAUGGAUUUUUUCCCUGGUCUCGUAUAUUCCAAAUGAUGACUAUGAGGGUGAUAAUGGAGAUAAUAGCUCAACUGUGUCCUUCGAAGUUAAAACACUGGAAGAUGUUUUUUAUGAGAUGCCGAAAUCACUAUAUGUUGUUCAAGUGACAAAUGUAACCACAUCUAGACGAAUAUGGAAUGCACUGCACAUGCAGAGAAACUUGGCCAUUAUCAGUGAGGUUUUGCACACUGAUUCUGUGGUAGCUGAAAGCUGCAGGUUCUGUUCCUCUGAUAUUGGUGGAAACUGGAAUGAGAAUUUUCUGACAAGUUUUCUGUCUCAACUGAAUGAGUCACAAAAAAGGUCGACCAUUGCUUGUCUCGACAAAGUACAGUGCAAACACAAGUCUCAUGUGGAACUUAUUUGGGGGCCACCGGGAACUGGGAAAACAAAAACAGUUGGUAUGAUGCUCUUUGCAUUCUUGGGAAUGAAGUAUAGGACACUUACUUGCGCCCCGACAAAUGUUGCAGUUACAGAACUAGCUUCUCGUGUCUUAAAUCUGGUAAAAGAAGCUAACAAAACAUGCUCUGUAUUAGAUGAUCGGUUUUGUUCCUUGGGAGACAUCCUUCUAUUUGGCAGCAAAGAGAGACUUAAAGUUGAUUCUGAGAUUGAAGAAAUAUUUCUGGAUUAUCGUGUGAAACAACUUCAGGACUGCCUUGGGCCACUUGGUUGGUUGCACUGUUUCACUUCAAUGAUUACUUUUCUUGAAGAUUGUGUCCUUCAGUACCAUAUUUUCUUGGAAAAUGAAUCAACCAAAGAGAGGGAACAUGGUAGAGAAGACGAAGACCAAGAGAAAGAAGGUUGUAGGGACACUGAUUGUAAGACCGGGAUACACAAAUCAUUUCUUGAAUAUGCAAGGGAAAGAUUUGUCGCUACAGCAAUUCCACUGAGAAGAUGUGUGUCAAGUUUACAUACUCAUAUGCCCAAAAUCUACUUUGAAGGACUUAUUUUCGAAGACCUUGAAACCCUUUUAGUCCUUCUUGAUUCUCUUGAAACUUUAUUGUUCUUUGAUGGUUUAGUUUCUGAAGAAGUGGAACUCCUUUUACGUUCAAAAGAUGAUAAAAUGCUUCAUCAAAAUCUUCGUGAUCCGUAUCAUUCAUUGUGCUCAAUAAGAAGCAAGUGUAUUUCUGUUCUGAAAUCCAUUCAAGAUUCUCUUUGUGAACUUAAACUGCCAAGUGCGAUGAGCAGGGAAUCCUUAGUUCGAUUCUGCUUUCAGUCAGCUUCUUUACUCUUUUCCACUGCAAGUAGUUCUUAUAAACUCUAUAAGGUUGGAAUGAAACCUCUCAACUUGUUGGUAAUUGACGAAGCAGCGCAGUUGAAAGAAUGUGAAUCGGCCAUUCCCAUGCAAUUGCCGGGCAUUGCACAUGCGUUUCUUAUUGGUGAUGAAUGGCAAUUGCCUGCUACAGUUCGCAGCAAUGUUUCUAGGGAAGCUGGCUUUGGAAGAAGUUUAUUUCAAAGGUUGAUUACUUUGGGUCAUUCCAAGCACCUACUGAAUAUUCAGUACAGAAUGCAUCCUUCAAUUAGCUGCUUUCCAAAUGCACGGUUCUACAAUAACCAGAUCUUGGAUGCAGCUGGUGUUAAGCACGAGAGUUAUGAGAAACAUUAUCUACCAGGACCUAUGUUUGGCCCCUAUUCCUUUAUAAACGUCUCUGGAAGAGAAGAGAAGGGUGAUUUGGGACGUAGCCGCAGGAAUAUGGUUGAGGUAGCCGUUGUGCAGAUGUUGGUGCAAACUCUGUUCAAAGCAUGGAAUAGCUCAAGCGAGAGGCUCAGCAUUGGCAUAAUAUCUCCCUAUGCUGCUCAGGUUGUUGCAAUUCAGGAGAAGCUUGGUAAGAAGUAUGAGAGAAGUGAUAACUUCGAUGUGAAGGUGAAGUCAGUUGAUGGCUUCCAGGGUGGGGAAAAAGAUAUCAUAAUAAUAUCAACUGUGAGAUCCAAUCGUUCUGGAGAAAUCGGUUUUAUAUCCAAUUCUCAAAGAACUAAUGUUGCUCUAACAAGGGCAAGGCACUGCCUCUGGGUUUUGGGUGACGAAAGAACACUGGCCAAACAUGAAUCUGUUUGGCAGGAUUUAGUUAAAGAUGCAAAAAUGCGUCAUUGUUUCUUUGAAGCUGUUGAAGACAAGGGAUUAGAGAAAUCUAUUUUUGAUGCCAGGAAAGAGUUUGAUCAACUUGAUGAUUUGCUUAAUAAUGAUAGUGUUCUCUUCAAGAAUGCUAGGUGGAAGGUUCUAUUCAGUGACAACUUCAAAAAGUCAUUUGGGAAGUUGAAAUCUGCCCAAACCCAGAAAUCAGUUCUAAACCUUCUUUUAAAACUUUCUUGCGGCUGGCGACCGAAGAGAAAUGUUAAUUUAUCUUGUGAAAAUUCUUCUAUGAUCUUGAAACAAUUUAAGAUUGAAAGUCUUUAUAUUGUCAGCUCAAUUGAUAUACUGAAAGAGCAGAGGUACACUCAAGUAUUGAAGGCUUGGGAUCUUUUGCCCUUAGAGGAUAUUUCAAGAUUGGUUAAGCGCCUAGAUGGCAUCUUCAAAAUGUAUACAGAUGGUUUUAUCUGUCAUUGCAAUGAGAAAUAUAUGGAUGGGCAUUUGGAAGUUCCCAAAACUUGGACCUCAUUAGAUGUUGUCAGGUAUAAGACAUUAAGGCCAGACGAAGUAGAAAACAGUUCCACUGGUAGUGCUUCAGGUGGUGGAUGUUAUUUAGAAAACUCAAAAGUCAGUGAGAGCUUGCUCUUGAUGAAGUUCUACUCUUUAUCAUCGGGUGUUGUCAGCCAUCUUCUCUGUGAUCAUGAUGGAAGAGAACUAGAACUUCCGUUCGAGGUGACAGACCAUGAACGUAGUAUAAUCUUAUUCCCAAGAAGCACAUUUAUUUUAGGGAGAUCAGGAACUGGGAAGACUACUGUGCUGACUAUGAAGUUGUUUAAACAAGAGCAAUCUCACCUGUUAGCAACUGAAGGUUUUGAUCCAGUUACCACAAAUAGCACUAACGAUGUCCUUCGUGCAAACAGAAAUAUGGGCGCUGUUGGAAGGACUGAAACAACUCAAUUGCGCCAACUUUUUGUCACCGUCAGCCCAAAACUCUGUUAUGCAGUGAAACAUCACGUUCUUCAAUUGAAAAGAUUUGUCAGCAAUGGAAAAUUUUCUCAAGAGAGUGCAUCGCAAGAGGCCGAUGAUAUCGAUGGUGCAGCACAAUUCAAGGAUAUUCCUGAUUCAUUUGUGGAUAUUCUUCCUGAGGCAUACCCACUUGUAAUAACCUUGCAAAAGUUUCUGAUAAUGCUUGAUUUUACUAUUGGCAACUCGUUCUUUGAGAAAUUCUAUGAUGCAAGGGAGCUUUCAAAUUUGGAAGUUGUAAAUGCUCCGUCCUUGGUUCGGAAUUGUAUAAGAAUAAGCGAGGUAAACUUUGAGAAGUUCUGUUCAAAUUAUUGGCCUCAUUUUAAUGCUAGGCUAACAAAUAAACUUGACUCAUCCAGAGUCUUUACAGAGAUAACUUCUCAUAUAAAAGGUGGCUUGCAAUCAGGAGAUUCCUGUGGCGGUAGACUUAGUAAGGAUGAUUAUGUGAAACUAUCUGAGGGUCGGGCGUCUACCUUAACUUCACAGGAAAGACAAAUGGUCUAUGAUAUUUUUCAAGAUUAUGAAAAAAUGAAGGGAGAAAAUGGCGAGUUUGAUAUGGCUGAUGUUGUGAAUGAUCUACAUAGCCGACUUCAGAAUGAAAGAUAUGGGGGUGACAUUAUGGAUUUUGUUUAUAUUGAUGAGGUGCAAGAUCUUACAAUGAGACAAAUUGCUUUGUUCAAACAUGUUUGCAAAAAUGUUAGUGAAGGCUUUGUUUUCUGUGGGGAUACUGCCCAAACAAUUGCCAGGGGAAUUGAUUUUAGAUUUGAGGAUAUACGAACCCUUUUCUUCAAUGAGUUUGUUCUGGAAUCAAAAGGUGAAAAAAAUCAUGAGAAAAAGGAGAAGGGUCAAAUAUCUAAAAGUUUUCACUUGAGCCAGAAUUUUCGUACACAUGAUGGUGUACUGAGGUUAGCGCAAAGUGUAAUCGAUCUUCUUUACCAUUACUUUCCUUCAUUUGUUGAUAGUUUAUCCCCUGAAACGAGUCUAAUAUAUGGAGAAGCUCCAAUCUGGCUUGACUCUGAUAGUAGUGAAGACAAUGUAAUUGCAAAAAUAUUCACACACAGUGGUAAACCUGAGGGACAUAUGGUCGGAUUUGGAGCGGAGCAGGUCAUACUCGUACGAGAUGAUCCUGCCAAGAACGAAAUAUUGAAGUUUGUUGGCAAGCAAGCCCUUGUUCUGACUAUAGUGGAAUGCAAAGGUUUAGAGUUUCAGGACGUAUUGUUGUACAACUUUUUUAGUUCAUCACCACUAAAGAAUCACUGGAGAAUUGUAUACGAGUACAUGAAGGAGCAAGGCAUACUUGAUGCUCAGUGCCCAUUCCCAAGUUUCAAACAGGGGAAACACAACAUUAUGUGCUCUGAAUUAAAGCAGUUAUAUGUUGGCAUCACCCGCACAAGGCAAAGACUGUGGAUUUGUGAAAAUGUUAAAGAGUUUUCCGAGCCAGUAUUCAAUUACUGGAAAAAGAAGUGUCUUGUUCAAGUGAGAAAGUUGGAUGACUCACUUGCUCAAGCAAUGCAAGUUGCAAGCAGCUCUGAAGAGUGGAAGUCACGCGGUUAUAAGCUGUUGCAUCAGGGUAACUAUGAGAUGGCGACCAUAUGCUUUGAAAGAGCUAAUGAUUCAUAUGGGGAAAAACUAGCCAAGGCUCUUGGACUUAGAGCAAAUGCUGAUCGUUUGCAUGGUUCAAAUCUCGAAAUGGCUUCUAUUGCCAGGAGGCAGGCUGCUGAAAUUUUUUAUUCCAUUGGCAAGGCUGAGCAUGCUGCAGAGUGCUUUUACAUGUUGAAAGAGUAUGAAAGAGCAGGUCACAUUUAUUUGGAAAAAUGUGGGGAAUCUGCUCUGGAGAGAGCGGCAGAAUGUUUUGUUCUUGCCGGAUGUUACAUGACUGCAGCAGAAGUGUAUGCAAAAGGCAAUAAUAUCUCAAAAUGCUUGUCUGUAUGUAUGAAAGGAAAACUCUUCGACACGGGCUUGCAAUACAUUCAAUAUUGGAAACAACAUGCAAAUGUAGAUGAAAAAAUGGUCCAAGGAAGUGAAGAUUUGGAGGAACAUAAGCAAAAGUUUUUGGAGAACUGUGCCAGCCAUUAUCAUGAGAUUAAUGAUAAGAGAAAAAUGUUGACUUAUGUCCGAGCUUUUGAUUCGAUGAAUUCGAGACGAAAGUUCUUGCGGUCCUUAGAGUGUUUUGAUGAGCUCUUAUCUUUGGAAGAAGAAAAUAUUGCAAGGUUGAGAGGCGACCAUGAUCAUUUUCAGGAGGUCGUUGAAGCAUUAAAGGCAGUGGAUGAUACCAAAGAUCAAAGGACCAUUAUCUUAUUUACUUCACUGAGGGUAUAUCUAGGAAAAUUAGCCUUCGUCGUCGAUGCUGGUAUAAAAGAAUGUUUGCAGAAGAAACCUGCAGGUGGUGAAGCCUUUUUGAGGGAUGCAAGCAGCAUGCUCAAUCUAAUGAAGCGAUUGCAUAGUCUACUAGAAUUGAGUAGUCCGAAACUUGAAAGUAGCAUUCCAAUAAUCGGUGCCCUUUGCGAGGAGAUGCAUUCAGGGUGGCCUGCAAUGGUGCCUUUUCUGCACCAGCAACGCUAUUUGGAAAAAGAUGAAAACCAUGUAUCUGAGGAACACCAAAGCAACAUUAAAUUUAAGAAACAACAAGAGUGGAGACCGAAAUCGGAAGUAGAAAAAGAUGAAAACCAUGUAUCUGAGGAACCCCAAAGCAACAAUAAAUUUAAGAAACAACAAGAGUGGAGACCGAAAUCGGAAGUAGAAAAAGAUGAAAACCAUGUAUCUGAGGAACCCCAAAGCAACAAUAAAUUUAAGAAACAACAAGAGUGGAGACCGAAAUCGGAAGUAGAAAAAGAUGAAAACCAUGUAUCUGAGGAACCCCAAAGCAACAAUAAAUUUAAGAAACAACAAGAGUGGAGACCAAAAUCGGAAGUAGAAAAAGAUGAAACCCAUAUAUCCGAGAAAUCCGGUGACCAUUGUGGUGAGAAAGAGAAUAGAUGUAAGGGUGAGACAUGUAGCAAGGGCAAGAAGCCAGCUUCAGAAGCUACUGUCAAUCCCAAACACCAAGACAACAAUAAAUCUAACAAGAAGAAAAAAGGACGGAGGCCAAAAUCGAAAGUAGAUAAGCAUUCAUGAAAUACUAGAGGGUGAUGUGUUUCUCGAACCUAUAGUCUGAAGUUUUAAAGUGUUUUUCGAACCUAAGUUACAAUCUAUAGUCUGAAGUUGUAAGUGUUUUUCGAACCUCAACCUCUAUGAAAGUCUCAGUAGAUUCUAAA